AUGGCUGACAGUUUCGGCCUGGUUGCAACCAUCAAGAACCGAGCUGAUGAGAUAUAUGUGAAAGCAGAGGAACACAAAUUGUGCAGAGGAAAGAAGGUGAAUGCAAUCUUAGCUGAUUUUUUGUUCAUUGCUUGCAGAGAAAGUACGCUCUCACGGACACUGAAGGAGUUGAGCACUGUGACAGAUGGCGUGAAAGUGAAGGAGAUUAACAAGGCCAUUGAGGUUAUAAGGAAGCAACUUGAGGUUCUGAUGGGCGUGGCUACGAUGGAACUUGUGAGGAGGUUUUGCAGCAAUAUUUGGAUGAAAAAUCGGGUUGUUGUGGCAGUACAAGAAGCAGUGACAAACGUUGAGGUGUUAGACAUAAGGAGGAGUCCAAAGUCUGUUCUUGCAGCAAUAAUUUACAUGAUAACACAGCUUUCUGAAGAUAAAAAGUGUUUGAAAGAUAUUUCAAUGAUUGCAGAAGUUGCAGAAUUGACAAUCAAGAAAUCUUAUAAGGAUCUUUAUCCUUGUGCUACAAAGUUCAUACCCAAUUGGUGUGUAAAUGAAGAAGACAUCAAGAAACUGAGUCCCCCCUGA